CGAGUGGUAAGGACUAAAACGAGCACAAACAAAAAAAAGAUUGCAGCACCACAAUUUCGCAUAUGGUCUCCCACUACACUACUCAGUGUGGCCCUAUACAGCUUAACUAACGUUGAUCGGACGGGAAACAGUGCUUCCUGCAUGGUAUGGCCGCAACCGAAAGAUUGGAUGUUGAGUAAAAUAUAUAGAGUCACAUAA